AUGGGUUUUGGUUACUUUGCGUUACUCCUGUUUAUAACUACAUCAGUCGUAGCCCAUGAAUCUACUCAUUGGUAUGUCACAUCGUCCGAUCUUGAAGCAGAUAGUUUGAAAACUGUCUACACUCUACAACGCCCAUACGAUUUAAUUACAUUUAUUAAACAAUCAGAAAGAUUAGAACAAAUAGAUAAUUUGCAAUUCCUAGUAAAAUUAAUUGGCGUAAAAAAUAGUAACAUUAAAGAUAAAAAUGGAGAAGGAAGUGAUGAUGAAAGUGAAGAUGAAACACUAUCAAAUGGCAGACGAGAUGAACAAUAUCGUCCCGAAUGUUCAAAAUUCAUCAAAAAUGGGGAAUCUUUAACAUUAAAACUGCUGAGAACAAACUUAUAUGAAACCUUGCAUAUUCAAUUUUCAAUGAAACAAAUUAAUCUGAAACAUUAUUUUCGAAAUCAAACACUAGGAGAAGAUUCCAUCCAACAGUAUAAAAAUAGAAAACUUCAUAAUUGUAGAAAAUUUUGCCAACUCGAUUAUAGUAUGCUAGCGUUUGAUCAUUUACCAGGUAUUCAAUCUCGUUUUUUAUACUCUAAAAAGAAUGAACAUUCUUAUUUGUAUGAUGAUGUUGACGUGUUGACAGAAGAUAUUGAGUAUUUUAUUUAUUACGCUUACGAACAAUUGCAAAAUAAAAAUUCAACAUCAUGGAUUGCUUAUACCCUAAUGUCAUAUCAUUUUUAUUAUAAAGAAAAAGCAUAUAAAGAUUCAAUCGACUGUUUAAGAUGUGCCUUGUAUUAUAUGCCUUCAUCAUCUGAGCAUGCGGAUAUUCCACUAAUUGCGUUAGCCAAUGUACUAUAUCAUUAUGGGCAUAUUAAAGAUUCUAUUGUUCUCAUUGAAAAGACAAUCGAUAAUUAUCAUCGAAUAGGAAUGGCAAACAGUGACAAUGGAGUUCAAGAAAAUUAUUUACUUUCAUUAACUCAUUAUUAUUUAGCUAACAUGUAUACAAUAGAAAAUAAAUUUUAUCUAGCAUUAAAACAUUAUAAUAAAACCAUUUAUUAUCAGCAAUUAAUUUUGAAUUCAACCGACGUUGAAGAUGAAGAUACACUUUAUUUAUAUCCCUAUUUGAUUGAUUAUGUAUCAAAAUGUGAAACAUCUCAUAUGAAAUAUGAUGCUUUAGAGUGUCAUUUAUCUCUGGAACAAUCGCUACAACAUAAACAUCAGUUAUUACAAACAAAAUUAAAACAAUUGAAUCAACUUAAAGAUAUCACCGAUGAACUUAUUCGUUUAAAUACCCUAAUUAAACGAGAUAUGUCAACAGAUACAAAACGAUUGCAAGCUAAAGCAUUUUUGUUAUAUUUGAAAAAACAAAAACAUCAUCUAUGCAAAUGGGGGGAUGUUAGUACGAGAGAUGUCUCGUAUUCUUCUAUUACACAUCAUCAACAACGAUCAACGUCGUAUAUUAAUGUUAUGCUAGAAUCGAAAUUUCAAUGUUUCAAAAAAGAUGAGAAUAAACAGAAAAAAGUAAAACUAUACGAAUUAGACUGCAAACCAUUACGCAUAAAUGAAAAUGAACAAUCAGAAAUGUUGGAAAAUGGAACGAAUAGUAAACCAAAUAAUGUCGAACUUCGAUUACAAGCAAAUUUUGAUUCUGUAAAAGAGACAAAAUCAAUUUUUAUUGCACCACAGCCUCUAUCAACCACCACGUCUACAGCAGAAACUGAUUUAUUUUCUACUAAAACUAGUUUUCAAAUUAAUGACGGCAGAUUCUCCUCUACAAUCCAAACCACAUCAAUAAUGAAUACCAAUUUUUCCUUAUCUCUCUAUCCAGAAUUAUAUCCAGCUAAUAUGAGUGAUGAUUUAGUUGUUGAAUCAGUAACUACAACGACAACAGUAACAUCGACAUUAUCUUCAAAAUAUUCAUAUUUAAAUCCAGUAUGGCCAUCAUACGAAGAAUGUCAAAUACAUUAUCAAGGAUUACCAGAUAUCGGUGAAUAUCCAUCUGUUUGGUUACCAUUUGAAAAUAAAGGCUUUUAUAUCAAAAAAGCAUUCUACGAUGGUAUGCAAUUGAAAUCCUAUUCCCACAAACAUUCACUGCCUUGGUCUCCACCUCUCUGUUGUAUUCGUGAACAAAUCAAUGAACAAUCUCCUCAUGUUCUGAAAUAUGAUAUUCUUAAAAAAUCGUCACGUCUUCGCGCUCCAUUACAUCGACCAGAUUAUAAUAUGUUACUCACACUAUAUUAUUACAUUGAUACGACAAUUGACGAACAAAUUCCACUUGAAGAGUUUGGUCAACGUAUAUUAACCGUUUAUCAACUGAAUUUAUUACCAUCCUGGAUAUUGUAUACGAUUUCAUCUCUUUAUUGGAGAGUAAAUGGAAAUUUACAACAUGCACUAGAUUGUGCAUUAAAAUCAUUGGAAUAUGUACCAAAAAAUUAUUCAGAUGUUACAUUAAUUAACUUAGCCAAUAUACUCUAUUUAUGGGGUAAAUAUGAAGAUGCGUUAGAUAUAACGUUAGAAGCAUAUUCAGUGAAUUCAAAUGAACCAAUUACAAAUUUUUUUCUUGGUAAUUUAUUAUCAUUAACAAAACAAAAUUAUUCUGGCGCUAUCUCUCAUUAUCAACAUGCUUUGGAAGUCGAUUCAGAUCAUAUUUAUUCUAAACGAUAUUUAAGAGUGAUUAAAUGUUAUUUAGACUAUAAAAUAUGGUUAACGGAUUUCAAACAAAAACAAUUCAAAGAACAACAAACAGCGACAAAUAGUCUAACAAUAAGUCAGUCAAUCUCAACAGACGAUCUGUUAGAUGAUAAUGACGAAAAAAAAGCCACUCACGAUGAUAGUAAAGAAAAUGAGAAUGACGAUGAAAAGUAUCAACAUCAGCAACAACAACAAAGAGAAAGUAGUACAACAAAGAGUGAGGAUAAGCAGUGUCCUGGAAUAGAUGCAAAAACUUGCAACCUAAUGGCAUAUAAAAAAAACACUCAUUUGGCAGCACCGUUAUUUCGUGGAAGUCGUUCAUCAUCCGUACUUAAAAUCACUACAAAUACCAAUAUUCCAAUAAGUCUACCAGCUCUCGCUCUCUUAGACGAUAGUCAUGCUUUAACGAAAACAUGGCUCAAUCGAUCUAUUCUUAAAUAUCAGCAAAAUUCCAAUCAUUUAAGUGAUGAAGCUCGUCGCCAUUAUAAAAAUCAUCAUUUAUGUGUGACUGAUGUAGAAUGUUCAUACGGAUUUUUUGCCAUUGGUCAAUCAGAUAUUGCUCAUAUUCAAAUUGUUUACGAUGAUUAUAAGGAAGAAUUUCAUUAUAAUUUUUUAUUUUCAAACGACUACGAGUCGAUGUUUAAACAGGGUGAGCAACAAUGCAUAAUAUAUGGAACAGGUAGAAAAUCUCAAGGUUGUAGACAACGAGUGUUAAAAGAUCAUAAUGACGUGAAUCCAUCUCAUCGACAAAUGUGGUGGCGUGAUCAGUCGACAAUUUAUGAAUAUUUAAAAGAACUAAUUGAACAUAUGACUUAUACAAAUGAAAUUAAAAAUAAAUCUAUCACAGUACCACCUUUACCUUUAGCAACAUCAACAACUAAUUUCACAUUGAACAAUACAAUAAAAAUAUCGAAGGAAUCGAUUGUUGAACCCAUGGAUCAAAGAGAAAAUUCGACCACCAUCGUUACUACAUCACUUCCUCCAUCUGUUCCAUAUGAAUUAACCGAUGAUUAUCUUUUAUCCUAUUCACUUCAAUACAAAUAUUUAUUGAAUAAAACUGAAAAUAAUGAACAACAUAGUGUAACUGUUGGAGAAUGUUUAAAACAAUUUGAUACGGACAAUUUGAUUUUAUCGCAAUUCAAUCAAUAUCUAUCAGCAUGGAUAUCACCACAAACGAAAGGAAUACAAAUGACUACUUAUCUCAAACAACUGUUGAAAAUACAACCACCAUCAUCUCUAACAUCCAUACCACAAUAUGUGCCUUACUGUUCUCCAUUUAAAAAAUUAAAAUCAAAUAAUAGUACAACAUUGGAAUAUAUUUUUGAUAAUAGUCAAAAUUUAACACAAUUUCACUCUGAACCAGUUUUGAAGCACAUUCUGUUAUCAGCAAUGUAUGGUAGUCAACAAUCUCACAAAUAUACAUGGAAUGAAACGUCAAAAUAUUUGUAUAAAGCUGUGCAACAAGAACAUAAAACUGUUCAAUCCAAUUCAUCAUGGUUAUUAUACAAUAUUGUUAGUCUUUACUGGAGAAUACAAGGUAAUGGUCAAGCAGCUAUCGAUUGUUUAUUACAAUCGUAUGAGUUAUCUCCUCAAAAUGUCAAAGAUUUAUCACUGGUAUCUAUUGCUCACGUUUAUUACAAUAGCCAAUUAUAUUUAAAUGAAGCAUUAUACAUUCUUUACGAAGCAUUAAAAUUUGAUAAAAAGAUGUUGUUAGUUCAUUUUUCAAUUGGAAAUAUUUUAGCGAAAAAACAAAAAUUUAUACCAGCAUUAAAAUGGUAUGAAUCAACGUUGGAGCUGAAAUCCGAUUUUCAGCCAGCUAGAAAACGUAUACACGCACUUAAUUGUAUUCUACUGUUAGACAAAACUGUUAGAAGCGAACAAGAAGAAGAAGAUGAUGAAGUGAAUGAUAUUUUGAUAAUGUCUACAUUACUUAAAAAAUUAUUUCGAAAAACUAAAUUUAGAUCUCGUUCACGAAGUGCUACAAAAUUGUCGUCCUCUGUACCUGAAAAUUGUGAGUCAGAUAAACCCAGUAAUACACAACAACGAUCAGUCAACAGAUGUCAAACAGUGGAUACAUGUCAAAGAUUUGAUAGACAAACGGUAAUUAACAGGCAACAAUCGGUGUCACCACGAUCUUCAAAUCGAACAUCAAAAUAUUCAUUAUGUAAAAGAGUGCAACAUUGUGCUUUUAUUAAUGAUGAUAGACUCGUAUGUACCAGUGAACAAAAUUCACAGUGUAAAAUAUGUCUCAAAUGGUUUUGUAAAUUACAUCUGCAAACGCAUGAACAUUCACCAGUAAGAAUGAAAUGCAAAAUGACUGUGCAUUAUCAAUCACCGAAUGAUUGCUCCAAAGUCUAUAAUAACGCUUAUUCUGGUAUUCAUGAUUCAGUUAAUGUGAUCGAUGAUACGAUCACUAACAAGGUAGCUGAAUGUUAUCCUCAUACUCAUCAAACGGUUAUCAAUCGUGUUACAACCGAAUUAUUAGGUUUAGUUGAUUAUUUAGAUACAUUUGAUAAAUUAAAAAUGGCUGAUCGUCGUCUUGAUUCUCGACAACAAGAAUUAAACGAAAUAAUUCGAGAAUUAAAAGAAUAUCGCAAUAAUUCUGCUGAUAUUCGUCAAAAAUUAAUGAAAAUACUAGAACAUGAACCGGAUGAUAGUAAACAACUACGACAAUUAAUCGAAAAUGUUGAAAAUUUAAAAGUAAAAUUAUAUGACUAUCAACAACAGUUAUCCAUGACAGCAAAGGAAGAAACAGUUGAGACAAAUACACGACAAAAAGAUUCAAAAACAAACACUACCGCAAUAGUCCAUGUACAGAAAAAAGAGAAAAAUAAGAUGAGCACGAUAGAUUUGGUACAAAGGAAACCCAUUCAACACUUUAAAUGUGAAAAAACCGUAAAUGGAGCAAAUUUGGCAGCGACAUCAUACGCAGUUUCUGGUAAUAGGUUGUCGUUAAUGGAUCAUUUUAUUCUAGUUGAAGUUAACAAUGGCGAUUCUGAUCGUAAAUUAAUUCUCUUUGUACUUCCUGCAGGUCCCGUUUAUAGGAUAAAAUGGAUACAUGGCCCAUUCAAAGAUAUCUGUUGGUCUCGUACUUUAAAUCGUUUUCAUAUAUUAACACUCAGUUUUCUCUAUGAAUAUGAUCCACGAAUACCGAACAUUAUCGAUCACAGACAAAAAAUACAAUGUUUUAAAGGUGAACAAUUUCAGUCAUGUACAACAACGAAUCAGGAUGAUUUGUUUCUGGUUUAUUCAACAAAAAUAGAACGUUAUUCACUUAAACGUCCAUCAUAUAAUUUAGUUAAACGAUGGGAAGAAAUACAAAAAGACAAUUUCUCAUAUGAAAAUGUCUUAAAAAUAAGAGCAAAUGAUACAUGUUUAGCUUUGCUGAUAUAUGUACCUGAAGAUGAAACAUGGCGCGUUGAUUUAUUUGAUUAUGAUCUUAAACGUCUAUAUUGUGGCGUGAACGAAAUCGAUCGAGUUUUGUCACGAAAGGAAAAUUUAUCUCAGAUAUAUUUGGUAUCAUUAGAUAAAAAUCUCCAAUGGAUAGUUGUCCAAUUUGGUCAGAUAUACUUGUUUAAUGAAAAAGGAGUUUUAAUUGAACAAGUAAAAAGUGAAGGUGUUCAAAAUAUGUGCAUAGUGGGAGAUUGUGAGCAACAAUAUUUAGUUGCACGACAACUGGAAGAUAUACAAUUAUGCCAGUAG